CAAGACAUACGGCAGCUAAAACUGUGCGAGCAAGGGGAUAGACGGAUGCAGAUUCAGCGAUGGGUGAUAACAUGAACGAGCACUACCUGGAGCGAGAAGAGCGUAGCAUGCUGUUCGGCGUGUGGCACGACGGCAGCAGCAGCAGGGUGUCCAGCGGCUACCACGACUCAAGCUCCCCGGAUACCUGGUACAGCUCCCCCGUGGCAUCGGCGGUGGCGCCUAGCAGCAGGAGAGUCGCCGUCCCGGCGGGGAGUAUCCGUGGCCGGAGGCUCAACGACAAGCUCUACGCCAUCAGGAGCGUCGUCCCAAACAUCACGAAGAUGGACAAGGCGUCAAUUGUCAAGGACGCCAUCGAGUACGUACAGCAGCUGCAGGAGCAGGAACGACAGCUUCUCGCCGAGAUGUCCAUCGUCGAGUCAGCGGCGCCGGCGACGCACGGGCAGGUGCUUGCUACAGCAGAGCGCGGCGCCCAAGCUGUCGUCUUACCGGUUAGUUGCGCCCAACAUGCCAUGCCGCCGAUGAAGAAAAUGAGGAGCUUCAUGUCAUCCUCGACCGCCGCGACCCCGGCCUUCAACAUGGUCACCACCUCGCGCCGGAUCGAGGCUCUGGAGGUGAAGGUGACGGGCGUUGGUGAUAAGGUGUUGCUGGUGAGUGUCGCGUGCCGCCACCGAAAGGAGGCCAUAGCCAAGGUGUGCCUCGCGUUCGACGGCCUCCGCCUUGACAUCAUCUCAUCCAACGUCACAUCAAUAUCCGGGACACUCAAGUACACCGCACUCGUGCAGAAAGGGGAGAUACGCCAAAGCGAAAUGAAGGAAGUGAUUGAGACUGCAAUCGCCCAGGUUGAUGCUAUGAGUUACUAAGUAACCUUUGAAUAUUUAAACAAUAAAUCAUGCAUGUUUGUAAAAGCAUUGCGAGUACAGACGAUCGUGUACUCCGUAGUAACAGAACACUGUUGGGUGAAACUAAAAAUAAAUAGAAAAGUGUUCGCUCCA